GAGGGGGGAGGAAGUUUGAAGACGACCCGCGGGUAACAGGAGUUCCUCACAAACUGUUCUUCACUCGGGACAGAAAUCUGGAAACUCCUUCAACUCCUCAGGUGUUCUUGCGUUGGGUUACACUUUCAUAUCGUUUCAGUGCAAACGUGGAGGAUUUAGUUUUCCUUGUCAAAUUAAAGCUCUGGUUUGGCUGCGGUCGGAGAACCGAACCGGGCAGUUCGUGCAUCCUUUCCGGGAAGAGAGUUGCAGAAACACCGUGGGAGUUAACAAACCGCAACCUGGAAGUAUUUCUCUUUCGUAAUCUGCGUUUUACUCGCUGGUGUUUUGCAACUAUUUCUUAAGCGAGAAAUGGUUGGCAGGUUAAACUUGCCAAAUGCAUGUGAAGGAGAUCCGCUGGAUAUGAGCUGCAGGAGUGACAGAGGACUCGACAGCCCGGACUCGGGGUUACCUCCGAGUCCGAGCCCCAGCGGCUGGCUGCUGCCUGUGUGUGCUGAGAAAGCCGGGGUCGUGAGCCCGGUGUGUGAGGACGAGGUUAAGAGCUCCGUGGUUCCAGUUUUACCCUCCGGACCUUUUCAGCAGCUACAACCAUCGUCCUUUGGGGAAGGCAUAUCACUUGAUCCAUUACCGCCAAAGGAAAUCAGAUACACUUCAUCUGUGCACUACGACUCGGACCGCCACUUCAUCCAGGGCGUUGCCCUGCAGCCUACAGGUCAGGGCCUUGAGAACUGCAGGCAGACCAUCAUGGCCAUGCCCAAUAGCACCUGGCGUCACUACAAGACUCAGCUCGAGUUCCAGCCACGCCAUCGUCUUCAGCACUUCAAAAGUACCACCAUCGUCUACCCCAAGAAAACCAGCGCCGUCUACACCACAGAGCUGAGCUACGACUGCCAGCGAAUAUCCAGGCGCUUCCUCUCCAGCGUGGAGCUGGAGGCCACAGGCCGCAGAGAGAUACCUCAGUUAGAUAAGGGGACAGCUUGCUGAGGGUUCCUGCCAUGACCUCUCUACUGUAGCUCCCCGAGGGCUGGAUGCCGUUGACCUGCUGUGUUUGUCUUUUUAAUGUUGUGUAGCCUCUAGCCUGUACAGGAAGCACAUGUGCUGUGAUGUCACAGAAACCAUGGACAGAGUUGGUGAAAUAUGGAUUUGGUGUUUUUCUGAAUAUAUUCAUAAAUCUGCCAGAGGAUGAUCAGUCAGUUGGAGAUUAUAUUUUAUUUUGCAGCUUGUUGGUUCCCAGGGAUAUGUUCACAUUCGAUUAGUUUUUAUUGACUUUGGAAUUGACAGUUGGGGCAUAGAUGAGGAGAAUAUUUAUUGCCCCCAGCAAAGUCACUCUCCAAGUGUCAUUUGAAGUUUUGCCAAGUUUGCAGAUUGAUUUGGAUUUUACUUCCUUAACAGUGAGGUUGUCCUUUGUUCAGUUACUUUGUUUAUAUUCACACAGAAAUGAGUGCUGUAAAAUCUGCAUACUCUGAUUAAGGUUUGAAGCAUCGAGUGUGUCAAAGAGAAGAAGCAAUCCUUUAUAGUGCUGGAGUUUGGAUGUUCACAGGAUGCAAGGACAUAUAUGCAAAACACAGGAUUUUGUGUAUUUCUGCAACAUUAGCACACACACACAAAGCCUUCUUUCCAGGAAGUUCUCUCUGGACACUGUUUGAAGGCUGCAGUUCAUUAUGUAAUAUGUAAAGAUGUUUGUAAAACGACGUAACUUAUCUGUUCAGUGUGAUGCUAAAAACAAACUGAUCAUGUGGUCAGUAUAGAUUUAUUUCUCGUGUUGUGUAUAUUAAAAAGUGGAUUUGGUUUUUGAUAUUAUUUGCUGGCUUGCUAGUGAAAACCACAAGAUGCAGUCCACUGCUUUCACUUUCUUUGGCUGACUUACAUUGACAUUUUAUUUAUUCAGUAAAGUUUUAAGUUCUGAGAUUCUAUUGGCUGAUAAACGGCUUUCCCCACAGCCCAGGGGAGGUUUUUUUAGGCCCUUUGUGCCUUGACGAUGUAUCUAUUUCUGUCUGUUUUUUUAUUUUUAUAAAAGUCACUUAUUUAGUGCCAGUUUGAAAUAAAGUGUUUAUGAGUC